AUGUCUGAAACAUCGGAAGAUCCGCUUCAUAAAUUCGAGGCUCAGUUUCAGAGCUUUGUGAAGAACAAUCCUAAUGUGGCCUCAGCAGCCCACGGUGCCUCACAAAUUCCGGAAUCGGCUAAAGCAGUGGUGGUUUUGUCGCCAUUAUCCUUGCAACACCAAUUCCCCCGGCAUUGGGUAUCCAAAUCGUACCGCAAAACCAUCGUGGAGCGACCAGAACGGCUGCUGGCAUGCUCGAUGGGUGUCGCAGCAGCCAUUACCAUGUAUCCAGCCCUGUUCACGCUAAAAUCAUCGCAUACCCGGCAAACCUCGUUACUGGCAGACCAUGUCCUUAAAGUGCACGGCAGAGACUGGCCUGAAGAGCUGCUGCGAUUAUGCCGAAACUCCCAAAAGGCCCUGGACCGGGGCGAAGUAGAAGUUCCUGAAUCCUGGAAUGUGGGUGAUAUAUAUUUGUCGCGUCAAACCAUCGGGGCACUUCAGGGUUCUAUUGGAGCGCUUGAAGUUGGCGUCGACUCCAUUUUUCAGGGUCGAUCGGUAGAAGAAACCAGCAACCGUGCAUUUGUCGCUCUAAGGCCCCCAGGACAUCACUCUCAUGCCACAACCCCAUCGGGCUUUUGUUUGUUGAACAACGCACACAUCGCAAUCGAAUAUGCAGCAGAUACGUACGGAGUCACUCACGCUGUUGUGCUAGACUUUGAUUUGCACCAUGGGGAUGGUACACAGGACAUUUGUUGGAAAAGAGCAGGAUUCAAGCCGGAUGAGGGCGCUGAGGCGGGUGCUGAGUAUAAUGAGUUCGGUAAGAAAUUUGCAGAAUACCCCAAAGUCGGCUAUUUUUCGCUUCACGACAUUAACUCAUUCCCAUCGGAGCUUGGAUACGCGACCAAGGAAAACAUAAGGAACGCUUCGACGUGUAUCAUGGAUGCACACGACGUGAACAUCUGGAAUGUUCACUUGCAGCGUUUUGAUUCUGAUGAGGCCUUUACCAAGUUAUACCAAACCAAAUACAGAACAAUUUUUGCUAAAGCCGACGAAUAUUUCAGAACGGCAAAGCACACUAUGAAGGCUUUGGGCAAGCCUUUCAAAGGUUUGGUUGUUGUGAGCGCGGGGUUUGAUGCUUCGGAGUUUGAACAAGCUUCAAUGCAAAGACAUGGCGUAAACGUGCCAACUUUCUUUUACAAUAUGUUUACCAAAGAUGCGCUAAAGCUCGCCCAAAUGCAUACACACGGUAAAGUGCUGUCUAUUUUGGAAGGCGGUUAUUCGGACGGGGCCAUUGCGUCUGGGGUUUUUUCGCAUUUGAUUGGACUCCAAAAUCAAAAUUGGAUUAACGAAUGGGGCUCUUCGCAAGUAAUCAAGGAGAUUGUGCGCGGUUGCAAACCGGCAUGGAAACCGUACAAGAGCAAGCGAUCCCGGGAUGUUAUUCGCAUUUGGGCGGAAGAAGUGAUUAAAUUAGGUCGCUCGAUGAUUCCUGAAUUUGAAGAAAUUUUGUUCCAGGCAGAAGUGGUCGAUACCAAUCUGGAUUCUGGGAAACGGAUGACCAGAUCAAGAAAGACAACAAUUCCAGCGGCGCAUCCAGCCACCGUAAUAGAGACGCCUGUCUCACUGCCCCGCAGUGAGACGCCAACGCCAGACGACAAACGGUAUAUCAGUAAACAGCAGGUCGCAACCGUUCCGGAAGCGACACAUGCGAAGAACGUGCCGUUCGUGCAGCAAGAGUUGGGCAGCGACGAGGACGAAGACGAAGACGACGAUUACGAGUACGACGAGGAACUCAACAAGACGUUCAAUCGCACAGUGGAGGAUAUCACGAUCGACGAUAUCUCGCGGCAUCUGGAGAGUUUGGACAUCGAGCAACCAGCGCCGCCGCCGUCGUCGUCGAGCAGCUCUUCCCAAAGUGGUGGAUCGCGUCCGCAUACAAGAUCCUCUGCAGCCCGCCACGAUGAAGCGACGGCAACAUCGUCGUCGUCUGGUUCUUCUGGCUCGACCCACGAUGCACGGCGGCCGGUAUCGUCGUCCAGUGCAAACAGCUACAAGAUCCCCUCUGGUUCAACCACGCGGCAUCUGCGCAACAGUCGUACUUCGCGCUUGAUGAACUUUGACGACAGCGACAUAUCGAUGGUCUCGCACAUCUCCACGGCCAAGGGCCACACCACACGCAGCGGAAACACCAAGUGGUGA